AUGGCAAAGAUCACAGCACUCCAAGAAACCAAGGACUUCACAAAAUUCAACAUGGAACAGCUCGUUGGAUCACUCCUGACCCAUGAACUACAACUGAAUGCCAGACCCUCAGAAACUCCAAUUAAUAGAGCUCUUGCUCUUAAGACUAAAAAUGAUGAGAACUCUAAGGAUGAUGAGGAAACUGCCCUAUUUGCCAGAAGAUUUAGAAGAAUGUUCAGAAACUUCAAAGAUGGAGAACCAAGGGACAAACCUAACAGAAAAUUCCCCAAGGCAGACUCAGGUUGCCAUAAAUGUGGAAACCUAGAACAUCGGAUCACAGAAUGCCCUUUCUGGGAACAAGAAAGAGGAAAGGGUAAAGAACCAUCUAAAGACAAGUAUAGUGAAAACUGGAACACAUUUUCUAAAACCGAAGUCAGAAAAGAAAUGAUAGCAGCAUGGGGGGACUCUUCUUCAGACGAAGAGCAGGAACAACCAAAUGAAGAAAAAGCUCACAUGUGCCUAGUAGCCAAAAGUGAAAACGAUGGUUCUGACUCAGAAUCUGACAAGUUCCAGGUCGAAGUGAGGGGGAAAAACACAUGGUACCUAGACAGUGGUUGUUCCAAACACAUGAAAAGAGAUAUAAACAUAUUUUUCUCACUCACGACCUACGAAGGUGGAACGGUGACUUUCGGAGAUAACAAGAAAGGUAACAUUAUUGCCAUUGGCAAGGUCGGUAAGUCAAAAUCUCAUUCCAUCGAUAAUGUACUUUUAGUUGAAGGUCUAGGACAUAGUCUAAUAAGUAUCUCUCAAUUUGUGGUAAGGGAAACUAUGCGAAAUUCUCUUCUGAUAAAUGAUACAUCAUACACAGUAAAACUGAGACAGUGA